AUGGCCAAGUCCAAGAACCACACCACACACAACCAGUCCCGAAAAUGGCACAGAAACGGCAUCAAGAAACCCCGAUCACAAAGUUACGAAUCUCUUAAGGGGGUAGACCCCAAGUUCCUAAGGAACUUGCGCUUUGCCAAGAAGCACAACAAGAAGGGUCUGAAGAAGAUGCAAGCCAACAAUGCCAAGGCCAUGAGCGCAUGCGCUGAGGCCAUCAAGGCCCUGGUCAAGCCCAAGGAGCCCAGGCCCAAUAUCCCAAAGGGCAGCAGCCACAAACUCAGUCGACUUGCCUACAUUGCUCACCCCAAGCUUGGGAAACAUGUCAUGCCUGCAUUGCCAAAGGCCAAGGCCAAGGCAGAAACCAAGCCCCAGGAUGAGGGUGUGGCUGCAGCUCAGACUCCCAACAGGGCUCAGGCUCCUGCCCCCAAAAGUGCCCAGGCUCCCGCUCCCAAAGGUGCCCAGGCCCCCACGAAGACUUCAUAG